AUGACCCAGAACUGGAGAGUUGAUUAUCAACACAGUGAAAUGGAAGGUUUCAAAGAGCAAGAGAGGAGAGCAAGUCACGUGGAAAGGGGAGUGGAGCGCCCCUGGAGGUCGGUCAGUCAGCAUGGCGUAGAGCGUGACCGGAAGGGCAGCAAGAUACAGCGCGUGAUCCCGGCGGCACCGGAGUCCAGCCAGAUGGGAGUGAGCACUCUGGAGGUGACAGCUGUCACCCUGCUGUGCUUGCUCCAGCUUCCUCUGGCAAGAUGUGAGGAGAACUGUGUCAUUCCUGAACAUUGUCUGACCACAGAUUGGGUACACCUCUGGUAUAUAUGGUUGCUGGUGGUAAUUGGCGCACUGCUGCUCCUGUGUGGUCUGAUCUCGGUGUGCCUGCGUUGCUGUCUGAGUCGCCAGCAAAAUGGGGAAGAGGAGGGACAGCCACCCUAUGAGGUGACAGUCAUCGCUUUCGAUCAUGACAGCACCCUCCAGAGCACGAUGACUUCCCUGCAGUCAGUAUUUGGCCCUGCGGCUCGAAGAAUCCUGGCCGUGGCUCAUUCCCACAGCCCCCUGGGCCAGCUGCCCUCCUCGUUGGACACCCUCCCAGGGUAUGAGGAAGCCCUGCACAUGAGUCGCUUCACUGUGGCAAGGUGUGGGCAGAAGGCGCCCGACCUGCCCCCGGUGCCAGAAGAAAAGCAGCUGCCCCCUACAGAGGAGUCUCCUAGAACAGAGCAGCCUUCCAGCUGA